AUGGCGUGGGCCUCGCUCGUCCCCGUAUUCAUCGCAUUCGGCUGUCUCCCCACCCACGUGGUUUUCCGCCGCGAUUUGCGGACCAUGUUCUUCUUGCUCGGCCUUCUAUUGGACGACACGUUCAACCACGUCAUCAAGCACUCGCUGGAGAUGCCACGUCCGCCGCACACGUGCGCUGCGCUCGAGGUGUGCGAUUCGCACGGCAUGCCGUCCGCGCAUUCGCAGUUCAUGGCGUUCUUUGCGACUUUCGCGACGUGGCUCGUGUGUUACAAGAUGGAUUACGAAGACGAGAGGUGGCGAUGGGUCACCGCCAUCCUCCCCUGGCCCUUCACGUUUCUCACAAUGGCCUCUCGGGUGUACCUUGGAUACCAUACGAUACCGCAGGUCCUUGCAGGCUUCACUCUUGGAAUCCUCUCCGGCUCCUUCUGGUUCUACGUGGUGCACCGGGUGUUUGUGCCCUUCUUCCCAGCCAUCUCCGACAGCGCGUGGGGGCGGUACCUGUGCAUCAAGGACGACUGCCACAUCCGCAACGUGGCUGUCUUUGAGUACCUCAACUCGCAGCGAGUCAGACAGGAGCAGCGAGCGGGAGUGGGGCAACAGGAAGCGCAGAAGCCAGAGCAGGAGAAAUUGCUGGAGAAAUCUCAGGAGAAAACGCAGGAGAAAGUGCAGCAGGAGAAGGAAGAUGCGGUGGGUGAGCAGCAGGGGGGUAAGCAGCAGCAGGCAGCAGAGGAGAGUGCAGCUGAUGGAUCUGCCAAGGCAGAGUAG